AUGUCAUCAAGAGCCAAACGUUUUCUGGAAUGCCACGUCGCUUUCUUCCCUCUUUCAGAACAGCCUCAAAGGAAGGAGCAGUUAAUAAGAAACUCCCCGCGGUGCCCAACACGAUUACCCCUGCGCCUGUCAUACUCCUGGGGCCCAGCCACCUGUCAGACCGAGGACCGCGCGGGCGAGGUUGCUCGGGGAAGUGACCCUGGGGGAUGUGAGCCCAGCGCGCAGGCCGUCGCGCGCUCUAGGGCUCCACUGCAGCAGCCUCGGGGACCGGUCGCCCCCGGUCUCAAGCGCGCCCCGCCGCGGACGCGCAGGCCUGUUGAUCUUGAGCGCGAAGGCGCGACGCUCUGCGCUCGGCAGCGUGGCCAUGGCCCACUCGCGGCUCAGUGGCCUCUAGGGGCGCGGGGUGCGGAGAGCGGGAGCCGGGCGCGCCGCAGAGCCGCUGCAGAGCAUACCGAGCCCGUCGCGAGCCUCAUCUGUCAGUCGGGGCUGGAAACUUCCGCAAUUUCACCUUCUGCGCUGAAAUCACCCUGGGGGAGGGCCCAACCUCCGAGCUGCGGCGGCCAGCCCAGCCUCCCCGUGCCCGGCCUGGCACGCAGGGAGCGGCGGGGCGGCGGGCGUGCACGCAGCGCGGAACUGCAGCCCGGAUACCCCGACCGACUGCGCGCUCUUCCCGCGGCUGACCUCAGGCAGAAAGGAGCGCGGGCGGAUGACCAGCGACCACGGAGCGCAGGCCGGAAACUCCAUCUGCCCGAAGCCGCGAAGCUGCCAGGGAAUGCGGGCAAGCGGGGGGAGCCCGCGUCUUCCGCCCGCGCCGCGAAGUUGGCGAGACAGUGCCAGUCCAAUACAACCAAAUUUGCAACCUACUACGAAAAUGCCUAA